AUGACCCAGGAUACAUUAGUCUGGUCAUCCCAACUGCUCGUUGCAUCGCCAGAGCGGGCGCCUCGACUGCCCGGCGACAAAAUCACCCUACCGCAAUCUGCGCUCGAACAGCUCCUAGCUGCCGCUCCGCUUCAAGCUGUCCCAUCUGGCAGUCCACGUGUGCUCACUGCGUCAUUCGAUCCAUUCAAUCCACACACAUUCGCCGCUGAAACGCGCGCUCGUCAAGAGAUCGAACAACGUCAGCAGCAACUACCCCACCCGUUGACAUUCCGCAUUGUCAAUCCUCAAAAUGGCCGUUUCAUCUAUGCGGGCAUUCGUGAGUUCUCCGCCGAUGAGAACGAAGUCGCGCUGAGCACUUUGCUCAGGGAAUCGCUCGAUAUCAAGGAGGAAGCGUUUUCCAGUGAAUAUGGCGCAACACAGGACCCAGGGCAUCCCCAAACAGAGGCGGAACCUUCGGGACGGACUGGCCCACUGGUCACAGUACAUGCGAGGCAAUUACCGAAGGGCACCUAUGUUCGUCUCCGUCCGCUCGAAUCUGGGUACGAUCCUGAUGACUGGAAAGCUUUGCUGGAACGGUAUCUGCGGGACAACUUCACGACCCUUACAACGGGCGAACUUCUGACAGUGCCGGGGACCCGAAACGAGUCAUUCAGAUUCUUAGUGGACAAGGUGUUCCCAGAAGGUGAAGCGAUUUGCGUGGUCGAUACAGACCUUGAGGUUGACAUCGUGGCAUUAUCAGAGGAACAGGCCCGCGAAACGCUCCAAAAGAGGUUGGAGAAGACUUCACGCGCGCCAGGGACGACUAGUGGCAGUUCGAUUGGGGGUAUUCUUAGCAUUGGAGAAGAAGUCAAUGCCCAAAUACUACCUGGGGAGUACGUGGAUUAUGAACUUCGCGAUUGGGAUCGCAAUGAGAUUAUACAGAUUGAGCUCACAACCGACGAUCCGGAUGUGAGUCUUUUUGUCAGUCCCCUCUCUACUCGCCAAAGAAACCGCCCAAGAACAGACGUGCAUGUGUUGGGCGAUUUAUCAAGUCAAUCACCCAAAGGAUUCGAACUUCGGCCAACGAAUGUGAUUUUGGAAGGUGCCGAGGCCCUCUACAUAUCAGUUCACACCAUUCCUACAAGCAAUGAGCCCUCCGAUGCGCAGCAGUGUUCACCAUCGCGAUACCACCUUCGCAUCACAGCGAAGUCAACAAAUGCGCCAGUCGACCAUGAUGAGGUAGCAGAGCCCCACGAGCCUGGCGAUGUGCAGUGUAAAAACUGCCAGCAAUGGGUUCCGGAACGAACACUGGUUCUCCAUGAAAACUUCUGUCUACGUAAUAAUAUCUUCUGUUCGGAGUGUUGUAACGUCUUCCAAAAGCGAUCGCCCGCGUGGCAGGGACAUUGGCACUGUCCCCAUGAUUCUGGUUAUGGCAAUGAUGCCUCAAGCAAAGAUAAACAUGACGAUAUAUUCCACCAAACAUACAAGUGCUCCGAUUGUGCAGAGGAGUUCGAAGGACUCCCAGCCCUAGCACAACACCGUACUACAGAUUGUCCGGGGAAGUUGAUUCUAUGUCAAUUCUGCCAUCUUCUCGUACCACAGCGAGGCGAUUCUGAUCCUGAUUUCCGCGACCCCGAGGUGAUGCUCUCCGGCCUCACUCCACACGAGCUAGUGGAUGGAGGCCGUACCACCGAGUGCCACUUGUGCAACAAGAUCAUUCGGCUGCGAGAUAUGAAUACUCACCUUCGUCAUCAUGAUCUGGAGCGCCUCUCUCGCCCCGCACCUCGCAUAUGCCUGAACAUGAAUUGUGGACGGACAUUGAACAAAGCCGGAAAGGAGUCUAUUGGCCUGUGUAGUUUUUGCUAUGGACCACUGUACGUGGACACACACGACCCAGAGGGCAAAGCCUUGCGCCGCCGUAUCGAACGCCGUUAUCUUUCCCAGAUGAUGACCGGUUGUGGCAAGUCAUGGUGUCAAAAUGAGUACUGCAAAACGGGGAAGCAGAAAGCCGCUUCUGACUCCAAUUCUGCUGCCAUGAGUGUAGCAGAAAUCAUGAAGAUCACACGUCCACUCGUCGAUGCUCUGAACCUCCAACCAAACUCUUCAAACACGGCACCAUUAUACCUUUGCGUUGAUGAGACAAGCCAACAUCGGCGUAAUCUCGCAGAGUUAAUUGCAGCGGAAAGUGCCGGAGAGAGCAACAAAAGCUACGAUCUGCCCUGGUGUAUUGCAGGCGCCGAAGCCACGGGUGGCUCUCUGGAGAAGACGAGAGAGUGGCUAUCCAAAUGGGCGCCAACUCGUGGCGAAUAA